AUGAAGUUCAGAGACGGCAUGUGGUUCGUGAAGGAGGGGAUGAAGGUCGAGUAUGCCAUCGAAGUUUCACAAGAGAACACUGAGAUCAGAGACGAAGGGAAAACAGUUCAUCUGUUAUGCCCAACCCGCUCAGUGAAGUCUCGCUCAGGCGCAAUUGACACGUCUGCCUUGAAUCUCGAUAUAACCGCACAUUCUCCUGGCAUCAUAUCCAUCGAAACGACGCACUGGGCUGGUGCUCGACGGCGAGGUCCGUUCUUCCAACUGUAUCCUCAUGAAAGGCCCGAAUGCCAACCUGCCAUCAAGCAUGGUGAUGGCUACAUCUCGCUCUCCUCGGGAGAGCUGACGUGCAAAGUCAACACGGAAACUGACAACUUUGGCAUCGAGUUCAGUGAUCAAAGUCACGCGCAUCGCAAGCUGACGAGCUUCGACUUCCGCUCGCUUGGAUUGGCGUACUCAAAUCCGCCUACGCAAUCGCGGUCGUUGGCCCACUCGUUGGACAAAGUCGGUUGUUACAUCGUAGCACAGCUGUCAAUGUCGGUUGGCGAGAAGAUAUACGGCUUUGGUGAGCAGUUCACCGAGUUUGUCAAGAACGGGCAAAGAAUACGUGCUUUCAACGAGAACGGAGGUACUAGCUCGGAGCAAGCGUACAAGGCGAUUCCAUUUUAUCUCACCAACCGUGGGUACGGCGUCUUUGUCGACCAUACCGAACUCGUAGACUUUGAAGUUGGAAGUGAACGCAGUGCGAGGUGCCAAUUCAGCGUCGAGGGACAGAGGCUGAAGUUCUAUCUUAUUAACGGACCCACCCCGAAAGAUAUCAUAGAGAGGUACUGCUUACUGACCGGAAGGCCGUCACUGCCACCAGCGUGGAGCUUUGGUCUCUGGCUCUCGACAAGCUUCACGACAAAUUGGAACGAGGAAUCCGUUGAAGGGUUCAUGACCAGAAUGAAAGAACUUGACAGUCCAGUCCACACUUUGCACCUGGACUCUUUCUGGAUGCGCCGAUUUCGAUUCUGCGAUUUCACCUUCAACAACAAUGUGUUCAAUGACCCCAAGUCCAUGAUCGCACGGCUGAAAUCCAAGUUUAACGUGCACAUCUGCGUCUGGAUAAACGCUUACAUCGCUCAAGAAUCACCUCUCUUCCAGGAGGGUAUGGACAACAAUUAUCUUAUCCGCCGCCGUAACGGAGAUGUGUGGCAAUGGGACUACUGGCAGCCAGGGAUGGGGAUUGUGGACUUUACCAACCCAGCAGCAAGGAAAUGGUACCGGUCCUACCUGCACAAGCUGGUAGAUCUGGGGGUUGACUCUUUCAAAACCGACUUUGGCGAGGAUAUCCCGUACAUCGAUGCCCAAUUCCACGAUGGGAGUGAUCCAAAGAAAGUGCAUAACUACUUUGCGCAGCUUUACAACGAAGCCGUGUUUGGAGUACUCAAGGAACGGUUUGGGGAAGGUAAAGCCUGCGUAUUCGCGCGGUCAGCCACCGCAGGCGGACAGCGCAUGCCUUGUCAUUGGGGAGGAGACAGCGAAAGCACUGCGGUCGCUAUGGCCGAGACGCUUCGCGGAGGUCUGUCUCUAAGUACUACUGGCUUCGGAUACUGGUCUCACGAUAUUGGAGGAUUCGAGGGGCACCCACCUGCGGACCUGUACAAACGAUGGGUUGCGUUUGGCUUGCUGUCGACACAUUCCAGACUUCAUGGCUCGGAAUCGUAUCGCGUGCCUUGGAACUAUGAUGACGAGGCAUGCGACGUGCUGCGCCUGUUCACGAAGCUCAAGUGCCGGCUCAUGCCUUACCUGUAUUCACAGGCAGUCAUCAACGCGAAGACAGGUGUUCCUAUCCUACGCCCGAUGUUCUUUGACUUCGGUAACGAUCCUACUGCUUGGACUCUCGAUCGACAGUAUAUGCUUGGUGAUUACCUGUUGGUUGCACCAGUGUUUGAGGCCAGCGGACAGGUUGAGUUCUACCUUCCCGCAGGAAAGUGGACGCGAUGGUUCGGUUCGGAUAAAGGCCAUGCUGGCGAGGUUGUCGAGGGUCCAAAAUGGAUGGAAGAGACUUAUAACAUGAUGUCGCUUCCACUAUAUGUGAGGGAAGGGUCUGUUCUUGUUCUAGGCCAAGAAGGAGAAGGUAGAGUCGAGUAUGACUACACCACUGAUGUGGAGAUAAGAUGUUACAAUGUCACUGCUGAGAUAGAACGGCUCGUAGUUGACAUGGAAGGGAACGAACUUGGUUCGGUCAAACUCAAGGGGACGAAAGUGGAGGUUCCUCAAGCGAUGAAGAGAUGGAAAGCUGUCGACCAUGCUGGCAACAUGCUAGCGGAAGGGAAGUAA